GAAGUAACGACGGAUUGGAGGUCCAGAUCUCCUUCGUUGACUUUCUGAAUCAGCAACCCUAUAAAUCUUGAAGGAUCCCAGACCGGACUCGCACACCAAAAUCAGUAAACAUGGCUCUUACCCCAGAAGUUGCACAAAAGGUUCUGACAGAAAUUCAAAACAAAAUUGUUGAAACUAGCCGCCAGCUCAGCAUCGUUCGAGCUCAGCUCUCCACUCGGGAUCGCGAGAAACGCGUUUGUGAACUCACUGUCAAGGAACUCGCAUCUCUCGACAGCAAUACAGGGUCCUAUCGCGCUGUCGGUAAAAUGUUCAUACAAGAACCACUUCCCGGCCUGAUUAAAGAGCUCGAAACGCGCAAGCAAGAGUCCGAAAGGGAAGCAAAGAACUUUGAGCGGGCCGCGGGCAAACUGGAGAGGGAUUUGAAUGAUGCUCAAAAUACUUGGAAAGAAAUCAUGCAUAGGGCGAAGCCAGCUGCAUAAAAGUGCAAUUCAGUCGGAAAUUGCGUCAUUUAGUAGAGGUUGCGAUUACGAUGAUGUAUUGUUGGAAAACCUAAUAUAUAGUGCCAGCGUAAUGACUACAAAUGCGUCGCAACUACAGAGAAACAAGAAACUGAAAACUGCAU